GGGAGCGAGCCCUUUGCGGUGGGUCAGCGUUCAUGACCUGCUGGAGCCGCUCGGCGGAGCGGGGUGGGAUGGAGCGAGGCGCAGCGUGUUCGGGUGCCCUCGGAGCCGCCGGUGAGCGGAGCCCCCGGCCCGUGCCCGCCGCGUGCGAGCGACGGCCCGGAGCGCCCUGGGUGCAGUUACCGCCAGGGAAACGGGGAAAAGGGGCUCCUCAAGGGGCUCCCACUCGGCCCCGCUGGAAAACAAGCACCUUUGCUGGCUCUUUGGAGUGCCGAGGUCCUGGCAAAGGUGCCCCAUCCCUGGAAGUGUCCAAGGCCAGGUUGGAUGGGGCUUGGAGCAACCUGGGCCAGUGGAAGGUUCACACUUUACACAUUUUUUCCUUCCAGGCUGUGCCCUAUGUGACAACAGGAAAGUGUUUGUACAUAUCCAAAAAACCCCUCACGAGCUCUAUAAUUAAAUGCCACACAAGCAGCAUAUGCACAUUGAAAGGUUCAGAGAGACAGAAGCUUAAAAUAAAAGUUGUUAUUUUACAUUUCUUGUGACUGUUGAAAUGUAGAACGUUUCACUCCGGAGGGAAUAAACCCCAGCAUCAUUACCUCAGAUUUCAGCUCUGGGUUAGAGAAUGCAGACGGUAACAUUGUAGAACAUUCAUAAAAAUACCUAAAAAGUUAAUUUAAAAAUACCUUUGUAAGGUAUUGCUUGUUUAUAAGGCAUUAUUAUUUAUAAAGCAUUAUGAAUAUAUUACAAAAGCUGUUGUCUACCAUUACUGGAGAGCUCUGCUGGUGUCAGUGUUCACUUCGUUAAGUGGUUGUAAUAAUAAUAAUAAUAAUAAAAUAAAAAUAAAUAUUAAAAUAUAUCUCGAUAUGUAUAAUAAGCAUAUAAUAAUUAUUAUAAUAGUAGCUCAGUGUAAAUAAUCACCUGCAGUGAUCAUUUCAGUCGGUUCUGACACCGACCCCUCCCUUACCAGAUCACCUCUUCUUCACGCACUUUCGUCAUUUCAGUGCUAACGCCGCCUGCAGCACUAACGCCCCAUGAGAAAGACAGUGUAACAAAGGGUGUUAAAUAGAAAAUACUUCAUUUCAUUCUUCCGAUUUUUUUUCCACUGGGAUUUUGCCUUUUCACCCGAGGAAAGUCUGGCUGGCUCAGCUCGCUUGGCACUUCCAGCAAAAAGUCUUCCCGUCCCACUCCAGCCGGCCGUGCCCUUGGCAUCCCUCUGACACCCGAGGGUCCCCGGGGGCAGGCUGGGCUCACCGGCGCUUCCCUGCGGACACCGGGAUUUACCAUUUCCCGGUCAUUCCCGCUGGUUUUGCCGAGAUUCCGUCGGCGCCGCCGGAGCGCUUUGGGCGGCGCACCGGGAGGCGGCGGAACCUUGAGGGGGAGCACCCGGAAGUGGCGGGAGGUUCCGGUCGGGCAUCUCCGCGAUGGCGGCGCCGCUGCGCGUGCUGGCGUGUGGCGACGUGGAGGGGCGGCUGGAGACCAUCUUCGGGCGGGUCCGCGCCAUCCAGGCCAAGAGCGGCCGCUUCGACAUGCUCCUGUGUGUCGGGAAUUUCUUCGGCUCUUCCUCAGAAGCGGAAUGGGCCGAGUACCGCACGGGGGCCAAGAAAGCUCCAAUCCCAACCUACGUGCUGGGUGCCAACAACCAGGACACCCUGAGCUAUUUUCCGGACGUCAGUGGCUGUGAGCUGGCUGAGAACAUCACUUACCUGGGCCGGCGGGGUGUGUUCAGCGGCUGCUCGGGGCUGCACAUCGCGUACCUGAGCGGCACGGAGGCGCAGGAGCAGCCGGCUCCCGCCCACAGCUUCAGCGCCAAGGACGUGGAGGAGCUCAAAACAUCCCUGUUAUCCACCCCAAACUUCAGAGGAGUGGACAUCCUGCUGACCUCCCCCUGGCCCAGGGACGUGGGCACCUUUGCCAACAGCGCGGGAGAAAUAGAUACCAAGAAAUGUGGCUCCAAGUUGGUGUCAGAUCUGGCUGCAAGUCUCAAACCAAGGUACCAUUUUGCUGCCCUGGAGAAGGCCUAUUACGAAAGACUUCCUUACAGAAAUCACACAGUGCUACAGGAGACCCCACAGCACGUGACCAGGUUCAUUGCACUUGCUGAUGUUGGCAAUACAAGCAAGAAAAAGUACCUCUAUGCCUUCAGCAUCGUGCCCAUGAGCUCCAUGGACCCCGUGGAGCUGGUGAAGCAGCCGCAGGACGUCACCGAAAAUCCCUACCGGAAACUGCGCAGGGAGGCUGCCAAGGCCAGAGCAGAGGAAGAACCAGCUCGUCAGUUUUUCUUUGACUUGAACAAGCAUCAGGGAAAGAAACGUCCCUCAGAUGGGAAACAGGGAGGGGACUCCCAGCCUAAGCAAGCCAAGAAACCCCCACAGCCCACGGGGCCCUGCUGGUUCUGCCUGGCCAGCCCGGAGGUGGAGAAGCACCUGGUUGUCAGUAUUGGCACACACUGCUACCUUGCCCUGGCCAAAGGGGGCCUGUUACCUGACCAUGUCCUGAUUUUGCCCAUUGGGCACUAUCAGUCAGUGGUGGACUUGUCCUCAGAGGUGCUGGAAGAAGUGACCAAGUACAAGGCUGCCCUGAAGGAGUUUUUCAGAAGCAAGGGAAAGAGAUAUGUCCUAUUUGAAAGAAACUACAGGAGUCAGCAUCUGCAGCUGCAGGUGAUUCCUGUCCCACUGGACCUCUGCACUUCUGAAGACAUUAAAGAGUCUUUUAUUACACAAGCACAGGAACAACAGAUUGAGUUGUUAGAAAUCCCAGAGCACUCGGAUAUCUCGCAAGUGGCGCAGCCGGGGAUGCCGUACUUCUACGUGGAGCUGGACACGGGGGAGAAGCUGUUCCACCGCAUCCGCGGGCGGUUCCCGCUGCAGUUCGGCAGGGCGGUGCUGGCGAGCGCGGCGGUGCUGGCGCUGCCGGAGCGCGCGGACUGGCGGCAGUGCGCGGCCCCGCGGCCCGAGGAGGAGGGGCAGGCCCGCGCCUUCCGCCGCGACUUCCAGCCCUUCGACUUCUCCCUCCGGGACUGAGGCGGCGCUGCCGGCGGCGGCCCCGCGCGGGGCCGGGCGGUGACGCGGCGAUCAAGGCGGAGAG